UGACGCGUGUAAAGGACGUCAAACUUUGGCCAAAGUGCAUCACAAACCGGUGAUCUGCAUGAGUUGUACACUAAAUCUACAAAUUGUACUGAUUUUACAGCCCAGGUUAGAAUAUUGUCGGCUCGAGAGACGCGCUCAUAAAGCGGGGAGCGUCUUAUAUCGUGAGUAAGAGAGAAAAGCUGGCGCUUUAGCUUCUUUAGCUAGCAUGAAAGCAGUAAUCCUAGCAGCUGGAUAUGGGACUCGGCUGCAGAGGGACAUCCAGAUGGACCAGACUGGAGAGUUUCAGCACCUGGGGGGCAUCGCCAAGCCCCUGCUGCCCAUAGGCCGCUGCGCCCUGCUGUCCCACUGGCUCAGGGCUCUGUCCCACACCGCAGGUGUUCAUUCAGUCUGUGUGGUUACCAAUGACCUGUACCAUGAAGCUUUCCAGAAGUGGGCUCAGGAAUUCCCCAAUGUGAAAACACUUAAUGAUGGAACAAGGAAGAAUGAGGAACGUCUCGGUGCUGUUGCUUGCCUUCAGCUGGCAGUGAAGCACAUUGGAUUGGAUGAUGAUGUCAUGGUGAUUGGAGGUGACACGCUGUUUAAAGAGGACUUCAGUCUGAGGGCGUUCACAGAGCGCUUCGCUGAGUUGCAGAGGAAGGAUAAAGAAAGCAACUUGGUGUUGUCAUAUCAGUGCAAGGAUGAGGAAACAUCAAAGUACGGCAUCCUGGAAGUGGAUCCAGAUCUCAGAGUGCAGCGUAUGAGAGAGAAACCUCUCCCAACUGAGACAAACUCCCGCAGUGCUUGUCCUUGUUUCUACUUGUUUUCAAAAUCAACACUUCCACUGCUGGACACGUUCCUGAAGGAGAAAGAGGCUGGGCCAAUUGAAGAAAGGGACGCACCAGGAACCUUUCUGUCAUGGCUUAUACCAAGGAGGCCUGUGCACGUCUACAGGAUAUCUGGACGUUUUGACGUGGGAAAUCUUCCAUCUUACAUAGAAUGUGACAAAUACUUCAAGGAACAACUUAAAAAUCCAGACAUUUAUUUAUUAUAGAUUUCAUUACAAUCAGAAACAGAUUAAAAACUUCCUGUAAAUGAAGAACUGAAUGGAGAACAAUGGAACCCAAAUUCACUGAUGACAAGCAGCUUUAGGGGGAAAAUAUUUUUUUAUAAACAUGUACAGAUUGAGUUUUUGUGUAAUAAACAUGAUUUUUGAAAGCCUG